UAUAGCCUUACGACGUAGUACUGAGUUCAGAAAAUGAUCAAGCACCACUUUAAGUCGAUUACGAAGUGCACCUAAUAACUAACGGCGUGGGCGAUAGUUGAGCGAUCACAUCCCGUAACAUUCAGUCGAUUUAUUGCGUUCAGCUAGAAUGGCCGGACUUGUCCUGUACACGCUCACCGUUAGUCCGCCGUGUCGUGCCGUGGAACUGUGCAUAAAAGCAUUAGGGUUGCAUGUAGAUCGCAGAAUUGUUGACCUCCUGGCUGGAGAACAUCUUAAGCCGGAAUUUGUCAAGCUGAACCCCCAGCAUGCGGUUCCAGUUCUGGAUGACAACGGAACGAUCAUCACCGAUAGCCACGCGAUAAUGAUCUAUCUGGUGACGAUGUACGGCGCCAACGGGUCGGAAUUGUACCCGAUGGAGGUCGUUAGCCAGGCUAAGGUACACGCAGGACUCCACUUCAACUCGUCGGUUCUGUUUCCCCGGAUGAGAUUCGCUUUCGAACCAGUUUUCUCUUCGGUUACGUUGGGAAUCUCUGAUGAAAAGCGGGACUACGUUGAAAAGGCAUACCAACUUUUGGAAGACAUACUCGAGAACUCCGGACAUGUAGCUGGGAAAGGGCUAAGCAUCGCUGACUUCAGCUGCGUGGCCAGCAUUUCCUCAAUGAUGAAAGUCAUUCCGAUGGAAAGGGAGCGAUAUCCAAGGAUUUACGAUUGGUUGGAUCGUUUGAAGACCCUGCCUUACUACGAAGAGGCGGAUGGAGGUCCCGCAGAGCUGCAUGGUGCAAUGGUAGCAAACAAAUUGCAGCAGAACUUGAAAAAUGCUAAACUGAGUUAAAUUGUAUCUUGAAGCUGGACUGUUUACCUAUAAAACGCGUUUCAUCAGAAAUUAUUCAAAAUAAACAACAUAAAUAGUACACCCAUACCAAA